AUACAAGGGCUCUUUUACCAAGGACCCGCCAACAUGGGCCGCGUUCGCACCAAAACCAUGAAGAAGGUGACCCGGGUCAUCAUUGAGGAGUACUACACGCGCCUGGAUAAUGACUUCCACACCAACAAGCGUGUGUGCGAGGAGAUAGCCAUUAUUCCCAGUAAGAAGCUCCGCAGCAAGAUCACAGGCUAUGUCACACAUCUGAUGAAGUGGAUUCAGAGAGGCCCAGUGAGAGGUAUCUCCAUCAAGCUGCAGGAGGAGGAGAGGGAGAGGAGAGAUAAUUACGUGCCUGAGGUCUCAGCCCUGGAUCAGGAGAUCAUUGAAGUAGAUCCAGACACUAAGGAAAUGCUGAAGCUCUUGGACUUUGGCAAUCUGUCCAACCUGCAGGUCACCCAGCCUACAGUUGGGAUGAAUUUCAAAACACCACGUGGAGCCGUUUGAAUCUUUCUGCUGUGCUGUAAUAUUUUCAAUAAACCUCAGACAACAACAAAAAAAAAAAAAAAAAAAAGAAGAAAAGAAAUACAAGGAAUCCAAAUUGGAAAAGGAGAAGUUAAACUGUCACUGUUCGCAGAUGACAUGAUAUUAUACAUAGAAAAUCCUAAAGAUGCCACAGAAAACUACUUGAGCUAAUCAAUGAAUUUGAUCAUGUUGCAGGAUACAAAAUUAACACACAGAAAUCUCUUGCAUUUCUAUACGCUAACAGUGAAAAAUCAGAGAGAGAAAUUAAGGAAACAAUCCCAUUCA